AUGGGAGAGGGGUGUUACCCCUCCCCCCUCUUGCCCUCUGUUGCUUCUGCUGCUGCGGCCGACCUCGUUGGUUUCGAGUCGGUCGGCGCUGCGUCUGCCCCUAGCGGGAGACGCCGCACCGGCAAGGGCAAGGGGGGCAAGGGCGCUGGAGGGGCUAGCGGGGGCGCUGGAGGUGGUGGUGGGGGCAGUGGAGGGGGUGGGGGUGGUGGUGGGAGUGGUGGCGGGGGUGGCGGCGGCGGCAGCAGUGGAGGCGGUGGAGGCGGCGAUGGUGGCGGAGGGAGCGGAGGCGGCGUAGGUGGCGGCGGAGGCGAAGCUGGAGGAGGCGGCGGAGGCGGCGGCGGCGGCGGUGGUGGAGCGGGUCGCGACUCUGCGCAGAGGAGUGGGUCAGGUGGUGGUCCGCGGGAGCAGCAGCGGAGUGGUGUGACCCUGUCCCCUCAGCAGCUUCGUGAGUGGUACGCUGCGCGUCAGCGCGGCGAGGGUACUGGUCCCUGCACUUACGUCCUCCGUACCGGCGACCGAGCUGGUGAGCAGUUCGGGGGCCCGCACUCCGCCCACCGCUGCUUCGGCCGCCAGAAGAACGCGUGGCGUCACCAGUUCCCUGAGGCGUCAGAGAUCCCUCGCUGGGGAGAGCUGUCUAGGGCGGGGGUUGCCAUCUUUGAUCUUGACUAUGAUGCUAUCCAUCCUGCCAUGUAUUCUGUGACUACUAGUGUUGAGGGUGACUGUUACCUGUGUGUACCGCCUAACCUGGGCAUUGAGGCCACUGCUCUAGGUGCUGGUGAGGCUGCUGCUCUAGGUGCUAGUGCGUCUGCUGCCCCAGGUGCUAGUGCGUCUGCUGCCCCAGGUGCUAGUGAGUCUGCUCUCUCAGGGGCGACAGCACGCCGCUAA